AUGCCAGUCGUGGUCCUGAGAUGGGUUUCCAACUCCAACCAAAUGAUGCUAGUGUUAUCACUAAUAUUGUAUUGUAUGUUGUCAAUAGUGCUAGUGUCCUCGUCUGAAGCUCAGACAGAAACUGGAGGAGGAGGAGGAGGAGGAGGAGGAGGAGGAGGAGAAGGAGGAGGAUCCCCUGUUUGCGCAGAAGCAGAUAGAGCUUCCCUUGUGAGCUUCAAAGGCAGAAUCAUCAAGGACACAACAGGAAUUCUUUCUUCAUGGAUAGGCAGAGACUGCUGUGGAGGAGGUUGGGAAGGUGUUGAGUGCAAUCCAGCUGGGAGGGUUACUGUGUUGCAGUUGCAGAGACCAGCUACAGCUAUUGGUGAUGCUGCUGCAGAUAGAGACUCUGGCCUUUACAUGAAGGGCACUCUCUCCCCUUCUCUGGGCAAUUUGAAUUUCUUGGAGGUAAUGGUAAUCAGUGGAUUCAAGCAAAUCACAGGUCCAAUUCCUGAGAGCUUCUCUAAUCUCGCCCACCUCACCCAAUUGGCCCUUGAAGACAAUUCCCUCGGAGGGAACAUUCCUCCAGGUUUAGGUCAUUUGUCCUCCCUCCAAAGCCUCUCCCUCAGCGGCAACCGUUUCAGGGGUCAGAUUCCCCCAACCCUAGGCCAUCUCACCAAUCUCGUCCAAAUCAAUUUAAAAAGAAAUUUCCUCACUGGUCCAAUCCCUCCCACUUUUCAAAAUUGUCAUGCUUUGCAGUAUCUUGAUCUCAGCUUCAAUAUGUUGUCCGGCCUCAUUCCAGAUUUCAUUGGUGGCCGCUACUUACCAAACCUCACUUUGAUUGACCUCUCCAAUAACCAGUUUUCUGGUCAGAUGCCGAUUUCCCUCUUCAGCUUGCCCAAGCUUUUGGACCUCUCUCUGAACCAUAACCAGCUGACCGGCAUAAUCCCAGUCCAGGUGGAGGGUCUCAAAUCCCUUACCAGUCUUUCAUUGAGCUCCAAUCGCCUUACCGGCCACAUUCCCAUUUCCAUUUCAAGGUUGCACAACCUCUGGUACCUAAAUUUAUCUGCCAAUGGGCUUUCAGACCCUCUUCCCUCUACCCUUGCCACGGGCAUUCCUUCUCUCUUGUCAAUAGACUUGUCUUACAACAAGCUCAGUUUGGGGAAAGUUCCAGAUUGGAUCAGGAGCAGACAGCUUCGAGAUGUUCAUCUUGCCGGCUGCCAGUUAAGCGGAACCCUCCCAAGCUUUGCAAAGCCUGAUUCUUUCAACUCCAUUGACCUCUCUCAUAAUCAUUUUACUGGUGGAAUUUCAAACUUGUUGACCAACAUGUCAAGCCUGCAGAACCUCAACCUCUCCAACAACCAACUCAAGGCUGAUCUUUCAGAAAUCAAGUUGCCCGACACCCUUUCUUCCCUAGAUGUACACGCAAAUCAGCUCACCGGAUCUCUCUCAGGGUCGACAGGAAUCUUAAAUGACAGGGCAAGCAGCUUUUUGGAGUUCGUAGAUGUAUCCAACAACCAAAUUUCUGGCGGCAUCCCAGAGUUUAGGGAAGGCUUGAGGCUGAAAGUGCUCGACGUAGGAAGCAACAAGAUCGCUGGUCCCAUCCCCAACUCAGUUUCAAACCUGGCUCAACUUGAGAGGUUUGAUAUAUCAAGAAACCAGAUAACAGGCACCAUCCCCACAAGUUUGGGGUUGCUGGUGAAGCUUCAAUGGCUUGACGUGUCCAUCAAUGGGCUCACUGGAAAGAUUCCAAACAGCCUACUGGGGAUUGAACGUCUCAAGCACGCAAGCUUCAGGGCAAACAGGUUGUGUGGGGAGAUCCCACAAGGGAGACCAUUUAACAUUUUUCCUGCAGCUGCCUAUCUGCACAAUUUGUGCCUUUGUGGCAAGCCUAUGCCUCCUUGCAGGCAGAGCCAGUAA